CAUAAUUCUUUUUUGUUUGAUAGAAAAUUCCAUACUCCAUAGCAUAAUUGUAGCAUCACCUCACAAACAACACAAACAUUGUUAACCUCUCUCUCGUUCCUCCUAAUUCGCCAAUUCCAAACCAAUCAUUUCCAUUUUCGCUCUUUCUCUCUUCUCAAUUUUGUUUCUCCUAACACACACUUUCUCUCUGUCAUUCUUUUCUCCACCGCGAGAAAAACAAUAACCUUGUUUCUGUGGCGGGAACGAGGUUUGUUUGACCGUUACUCGUAAACAACAACUCUGUGCCUUUUUGGAGACAUGGAGGAGAUUUCAGACGUGUCACCAAAAAACUCUGGAAUUGUUGUUUCAGAUGUUGUAGUAUCACCAAAAAACUCUGAUGUUGUUGUUGUUUCAGAUGAAUCAUCACCGAAGAACACUAAUAAUGAUGUUUCACCGAAAAAGUCUAGUGUUUCAGAUGUGUCACCGAAGAAAUCUAUAGUGGAAAAAGUGUUUGGAGGAUCUAAUCAAGGAAGCAGUAGCUUUAAGGGUCAGAGUUCAAAAGAUGGAGACAACGAAGAAGGUGGCAUGGAACUCAUGGAAAUUGGUGGACAAAGAACUAAAAAUGUUUUGAUUCUUAUGAGUGAUACUGGUGGUGGACAUAGAGCUUCUGCUGAAGCUAUUCGUGAUGCCUUUCAAAUUGAAUUUGGUGAUGAAUACAGGAUAUUUGUUAAAGAUGUUUGGAAGGAGUAUACAGGGUGGCCAUUGAAUGAUAUGGAAGGUCAAUAUAAAUUCAUGGUUAAGCAUGUUCAGUUAUGGAAGGUGGCUUUUCACAGCACAUCUCCUAAAUGGAUUCAUUCUGUGUAUUUGGCUGCUAUAGCUGCAUACUACGCCAGAGAGGUGGAAGCAGGGUUGAUGGAGUACAAGCCAGAUAUUAUCAUAAGUGUUCAUCCGUUGAUGCAACAUAUUCCACUUUGGGUUUUGAAGUGGCAAGGUUUGGAAAAGAAAGUUAUUUUUGUCACUGUCAUCACAGACCUUAGUACCUGCCAUCCUACUUGGUUUCAUCCUUGGGUGAAUAGAUGUUACUGCUCUUCAAAAGAAGUGGCCAAAAAAGCCUUACAAGAGGGACUUGAGGAAUCUCAAACCCGAAUUUACGGCUUGCCUAUUAGGCCUUCUUUCGCUCGUGCAGUUCUCGUUAAAGAUCAAUUAAGAGAAGAACUUGAGAUGGAUCCUGACUUGCCAGCAGUUUUGCUGAUGGGAGGUGGGGAAGGAAUGGGUCCUGUUAAGAAAACUGCAAGGGCUCUUGCAGAAUCACUUUAUGAUAAAGAAGCUGAGAAACCAAUAGGGCAGAUUGUAGUCAUAUGCGGUCGCAAUAAGAACUUAGUAGCGGCUGUUGAAGCUCUUGAAUGGAAAAUUCCUGUUAAGGUUAGAGGAUUUGAGACCCAAAUGGCCAAAUGGAUGGGAGCAUGUGACUGCAUCAUAACAAAAGCUGGACCAGGUACAAUUGCAGAAGCAUUGAUUAGAGGUCUUCCUAUAAUUCUCAAUGACUAUAUCCCUGGACAGGAAAAGGGUAAUGUGCCUUAUGUGGUAAACAAUGGUGCCGGUGUGUUCACACGUAGUCCUAAAGAAACAGCAAAAAUUGUGAAGGAAUGGUUCAGCACAAAACAAGAUGAUCUGAAGAAAAUGUCAGAGUGUGCACUUAAAAUAGCGAACCCAGAAGCCGUGUUUAACAUUGUGAGGGACAUUCAUGAACUUGCUCAGCAACGCGAGCCAUCAGCUUUUCCUUACAUGUUGACCUCAUCAUUUACUAGCAUAAUCUAAUUGAUUGAUUAUAUUUAUCUGUUCAUCUUUCUUCACAACCUUAGCUUCUUUUUUUGAUAUAUUAUUUCCCAUUAGAAUUGACAUGUACAGUUAAUUCUUCAAGUUACACCAUUCUUUAUCUUAGUGGCUUGGUUUUGCUAUCAUAAGCUAAAUAUUUUGUAAACAAGCUGUGGUUUUAGCAGACUUGGAAUUUGUUUAGGAUGUUUGUCUUGUCUGUAACUGUGACAUGGUUUAACAUUCUACUGUGCAUAUCAGUCUAGUGGUUUUUCUUCUAUUCUUUCUUUCUUUCUUUCUUUCUUUCUUUCUUUUGCUAUGUAAAUUCUUAGCUUCAAAACUAAAGUAGCUUAUUGUUAUAAGGUUGCUUAAA